GCCACUGCCAGCAAGGAGAAUGGCAAAAGCUUGCCACUCUCUCUCUCUUUCUCUCUCUCUGAGUCCGUAGUCUUACUUGCAGUAGCAGCUUCACGUACUACUGGGUCUUCCAGCUAGCAAGGUGGAGGAGAUGUCCGGCGUCUGGGUUUUCAACAAGAAGGGUGUGGCUCGCCUUAUCCCUAACCCUACCCGAGAAUCUUUCGAGCAAGACGGCGACUCGUCAUCAUCCAGCUCCAGCCGCCCCGGCACCGCCACCGCUCCCGGCGCUCGUCCCCGAGUCCUCGUCUACGUCCCGGCCAACCACGUGAUCCGGUCCUACGCCGACCUCGAGCUCCGGCUAGCGGAACUCGGUUGGUCCCGCUACCGCAACCCCGGCGCCGCCGCCUCCAACUUCCUCCAGUUCCACCGCUCCGACGACUCCGCAGACCUAAUCUCCCUGCCCAGAAACUUCGCCGACUUCAAGCCCCUCCACAUGUAUGAUAUCGUCGUCAAGAACCGCUCCCUCUUUGAGGUGCGCCAUCCCCCGCCACCGCCGUAGCACAAAAUUCUGUGCCUUAAUUUAGUAUUGUGACAAUAUUGUUAAUGCAAUGUAAGUUAGUUUAAUUCUGAAGCGAGCAAGCCUUCUAAUUGAUGGCCGUAUUAAUCAGUUUGGU